UCAGUCAUCGCCGCGCAUGCGUACACGGAUGCUCGUGUACCGGCAACGGCGCUUCAGUAUUGAUCGCGCGUCUGACGGUAAUACACCGUACCGACAAUGAUUCCGGAUUUCGAAUGUGUAUAACAAUAAUAGACUAUUUAGUAUGGAGUGAAGUGCUUAAUAGUUCAUCAUGUCGAAGAUCCCCAUCGAUAGAAAUGGCAAGCUGCGCAUCCGAGGCAUCUACUCCAUGAAGAGUAUUGAUGUCAUCAAUCCCUCCAAGGACAAACAAGCCGACACAGCAGACAAGGCCAAAAACAUCGAUGCGGGGACUAAAGCGGACAACAAAGAACUAUUCUGUAGUAACUACCUGAACCUAGUUCCAAAAAUGAGCUUAAGCUUAGAUAAAGGACUGGAGAAAAACCCCCGAAUAUUAGAUUUAAGGGAAAAGUUGAACGAAAUAACUAAAAAGCAGGACAGAAACGUGGACAAAGAAACUAAAGGACUGAUUAAUGGUAUCACCCAACUAGUUGAUGAAAAGGAACAAGACGAAUCUGGCCCUUACAGCCUCUUGUUCGACCUUCAACCAUCUACGUUCAAGGAAAGUAUUGAAAAAGAUCUGCUGCAUACGCAAAGCUUAAAGAACUCGACUGUUUCUAUUAACAAAAGUGCCGAAAGGCUUCCCAACGUUAUAAAUUUCGACGAAAAACCGAUGAGAGAAUUCGAGUACUCAUGCGAAAAUCAAAUUACCAUCCCUGUUACGAAAACGUUUAAUACUCACUCAAGGUCUGACCUCUGUCUGCAACUCAAAUCGCAGAUAAACCCUCGAAUAUAUGAUACGAACUUGAGUCCCAAUGAUAAUUCACUUAAUAGGACUAAUGAAGAAAACUCACUCGAUGAUAGUUUGGGAAUCCUUACUCCAGAUCAGAUGGAUGAUAUUUGCUACCUAGAAAAUGCCUUUUCUCCAACUGUGGAAGGACUUCCGAUAUUCUGUGAUAACAAUGAAAGUAAAGUGUCGCCUGAUUGUAGUGAUACUCCAUCAACUGAUAAGACUGACAGCAAUUCAGCAGUUUCGACGAUACAAAAUGAUGAGUUUGAAAGAAAUGACUGCACUGCUCCCAUAUCAAGAAACAUACAGUCGGUAAAUUCCGAGAAAUUAUCGAAAUCUUGUGAUAAUUUAUCUGCUCAAAACACUAACUGCUUAACGACUAAAAUCAAUAACUCAGUGACAAGCAUGGUUAAAGAAAGUAAAACGGAACAAAUAGAUACUGCCAAAGACGAGUUAAUCCCAAAUGUGAUAGAUGAUGAGUUCAUGCCUUCUAUUCACAGCAGUAUUUUAGAGCCAGUCAGUUCUAUAGCUGAGACAACAGUAAACCUAGAACUACCAUUAGACUGUAAACUCGAAAACCGUCUGGUAGUUCAAAGGAUAGAACAAACACCGUCACCUGAAGAUUUGCCUCUAGACAACUCUGACAUUAACGGCGAAAUUAGUUAUAACUCCCAAUUCUCUAACUCAACAUUGCAUGAAUCACAGACGUAUUCUGACAACAAGAACGACUACCAGAAAUCAAUGGAAACAUCAAAAGUCUCCAAUAGCUUUAUUACCAGUAUAACUAGUAUAACGAGCUUGGACGGUUAUCAAGGCGACGGGGAAAUGUCGAGGCCAGUCAGCAGAACUGCGGAUCAUUCUAUAGAACCCCGUGAAGAUGUUAUAGAAAUGGAAUGGCAAAAUGUUCCAGUCACCAGGCGGCCAGAUCCUAUGACCGAUUCAGACUUCUUUACUGAAAGUGAUGCAGAUGGCCUCGACGAUCACAUGCACCGGGGAGAUAGAAAGGCACAAGUGAUAGACGGAGCUCUAUAUGGUGGGAAAAAUAGCAACGGUAACCCGCCUCUGAUGGUGAACAGGAAUGAUGAUUCAUGCAUGGAGUCAAGUGGUGUUUACACAGAUUUCGAGAAUCAUCGUCAGUCACCUGUGUUUUUAAAUGUCAUCGACGACAUGUCUCCCGAGGGCUCGACACCAUCAACACAUUCUGAAUUAAGUCAAAAGAACAUUAAUUCAGGAGAUAUCGAUAUUUAUUGCACUCCUAAGGAGUGUACGAAACAAGACUCAUUUAAAAACCCGACUGUAGAGGAAGAUAAGACUCCUAAGAACUCGAGCAAGCGUAAUUCUCUGAACAGCGAGAAAGAUGUUAGAUCGAACGCUAAAAGCAAGGACGAAAAGAGGAGCUUUACACUUAAGAAGUACAAAAUGCCUAAACGUGACGUGCCAAGCAAAUUAAAAACAAUGUUAGCCAAUCGGAAUACGGACGCCGACAACAGUGUCCAAAGUAGCCCGAAGACUGUGAAAAAGAUGGAUCGACGAGAAAGCCUAACCAAGAAGAAUUCUUUGGACAUAAAGACGGAUUACAAGAUGAAAUCUUUCAAAGACAUUAAGUCGAAGGUGGACUGUUCUUUCUCCUUGCAAAGAUCUCAAACUGCUUGCAGUGUUAGUAGGAUGUUGAGCUCCAAGUCUACAAACACGAACAUUAAGCCAAAGAGCCGCCACAUGCGUAUGCGCAUGGAGCUCGGCUCGGCCGCCGGCAGCGGCAAGAGCAGCCUCCACAGCUCGCAGAGCGACCUCAGCGCCAGCACGCCGCUGGGGAAACACCCGGCCAGCCGCUUCCCACUGCUCAGAAACGGCAAGAAACGGGACAGCGUCGCAGCCCCGACGCCCCCGCCUGCCCGCCCGCCCCCGACCCCGCCGCAGCCGCCCGCCCAGGCGAAGAAAAAUGGCGUCGUUCCGAAGCUGUCAUCUUCACCGGUCGCAGUGCGUGCGCGCACAUCACUUGCGCCGCCGCCGUCGCCGCGCAAGCCCGCGGCGAGGCGCACUCCAGCGCAGAGGCCGAAUACAUUGCCGACCAACAACAAAGAACCGCCCCGCGUGACAGCGGCGGUGGGGCCCCGCAGCAAGCGGGCGCCGACGCCGGCGCGCGCCACGCCCGCGCUCGCGCCGCGCGAGACUCAGGCCGCUGCGCUCGCGCACGCCGCCAAGGGCGUCGAGGCGCUCGGCGUGCUGGUCCAGUAUUUAGUGUUUCGGUUGGACGCACUAAAUGGCGGUUCGUGGCGACUUGAGGCCGAGCGGUGGCGGGGCGUGGCGGCAGCGGAGCGCACGAGCGCCGAGCGGGCCGACCACGACCGCCAGCAGCGGGCGCAGAAGGACCUCGACACAAUCGCUGAAUGCCUGGGCAAGAUAUCGGAGCUGGAAAUGGAGGUGUCGUCGAAGGAGGAGGCGAACGCGCGCCUGCAGGCUGCGCACGUCGACGAGGUCGCUUCGCUCGCCAACGACAUCAAAGGCCUAAAGGACACAAUAGAUUCCCUGAAGCGCGAAGUCGCCGAGAGCAGGGCGCGGCUCCACGCGCACAGUAAGAUCGAGCGCACCCUGCGCGCGCAGCUGGAGGCGGCGCGGGCGGACAUCGAGCGCGCCGACACGCUGCGCGCCGCCGCCGACACACAGCGCGCCGCCGUCGACACACAGCGCGCCGUCCGCAACACGGCCUGCAACACCGUGUGCAACCUCACCGAUGCCGCCUGCGACCCCGUCUGCUGCGAGGUGGAGGAGUGCGAGCUCAGGCUGAGCGCCAAUGAGGAGUUGAGCACUGACGCAAACGAGUUGGCCGCCGAGGUUCGCUCCCUCCGCGCCGUGAUCGAGCUGAAGCAAGCCGAGAUGGCGUCCCUCCGCGACGCGCGCACCGAGCUGAACGCCGAGCGCGAGCGGCGCGCCGCGGCCGAGCGCGAGGCGCGCGCCGCCCGCCACGCCGCCGAGGAGCUGCGCGAGCGCGCCGCCGCCCGCCAGCGCGACGCCGACCGCCUCCGCGACGACAACAGGCGGCUUCGAGACGCCGCCGCCAGGGACAGGGACCAGGCCUCGAGGAUCGCGGCGCUGAAUGAGGAGCUCCGGUACAAGCUCAGGCAGAAGUCGCAGGUGGUAUCCCUGCUAGCCGGCGGCGGGUACAUGGAGCGCGUGCGCGCGCGCACGUCUUCGGGCUCGUCGCUGCGCUCGGCGUCGCCCGAGUCGCCGCCGUCGCCCGCGUCGCCGGCGCCCGAGUCGCCGGCGCUGCCCGCCGUCAAGGGCGUCGUCGAGAAACACGACUCCGUCAGCUGGGUGCUGGAGAUCGAGGAGACACCCGAGGAGGUGGCUUCGAGACUGGCGCGCCGCUCGUCGUUCCGCACGUCGGGGUCGCCGAUGUCGUCGGGCGUGAAGCGGCGCGGCGGCGGGUCGCCGGGCGGGUCGCCGGCGCCGGCGUCGCCCGCGCCCAACGCCUCCAAGCUGUUCCGGCCCGGCGACCUCGACUUCCCGCCGCCGCCGCCGCCGCUCAAAGAGUCCGCCGGCGAAGCCAUCUACAUAUACGACGACCGCCAGUAUUGAGCGGACAACGGUUUUGUGAAUAUACAUCGCAAACUC